UAUAGCUACAAUAUAAACCGAUAGCCGCUCUAGUACACACUGUGAAAGUGUUCAAACAUGUUUGUAAUUAAUUUAAAUUAAUGUGUCUUCUCGUCUCUGAUGUAGUCCAACAUGCGUGUCCGUGUGCUAGUUCUCGGUGCCACACUUGUGAUUGUAACUGUUGUGUUAGUUGGAAACCUCCUUGGUUUUUCACAACACCAAUUCGCAACUGUUGACCAGGAAGCGAAUGAAAAAGAUGUGUAUCUAGACGUAUUUGCCGUGUCCUCCCCGACCAGAGAAGUACUGCUGGAUGCCGCCGUCGGGAGGGGUAUAAGCAGAGACUCUUACUUCAGGGGGGAGAACACACCAGACGAUGUGCUGGCUAUGGAGCGGCCGUUUCUCUUGAAGAACUACAAGAACCCUUGCUGGCACGAAGCCGACGGUAACAAGACCCUGCGGUGUCUACCCUACUUCCAUCUAAUGGGUGUCUGCAAGAGCGGCACCAGCGACCUCUGGAACCGGAUGACGAAACAUCCGGAAAUAGCCACGCCCAAUGCAGUCAUGAAUAAGGAGACACACUGGUGGUCAUGGCGACGGUUUGGAUUCGAUAUCUGGAGUCAGGGUGAUGAGAUUCGCCAUUUUGAUUGGUACUUGAGCCAUUUUGAUUCGCCUGCUAGGAAAAUCGAGAAAACAGUCAUUGAAAAGGAUGGUAUGGAAUAUCACCCAAUCAUUACUGGUGAAGGAAGUCCCACUGUGUUCUGGGAUUUAACGGGCUGGGAUAGAAUCCCACAGAACAAGGACAAGACUCCAGAGGACGCUUACCUGACGCCGCACUGCAUCAAACAUCUGACGCCUGACGCCAAGUUAAUCGUUAUUUUUAGAGAUCCAACUAAAAGGAUGUACUCGGAUUACCUGUUCUUGGAUAUCUUCAAACACGAGCACAACCUGUCCGUGGAAGGCUUCCACCAAGACGUGCGCCGGUCUAUCGACAUGCUGGACGACUGCUACUCACGCCGCACCCAGCUCGCCUGUCUGAUGGACAAGGAGCUGCAUAUGAGGAUCCCUGUUCGUCUAAUUGUCGGCAUGUACGACAUCUUUCUGGAGCAGUGGCUCAAGGUCUUCCCGCCCAACCAGAUUUUGGUCAUGACCAACGAGGAGUACUCUCUCAACCUCAGGACUCACCUGGAAGGUGUUUACAAAUUUCUGGGACUGUCGCCUCUACCGGAUGACGAAAUGGAACGAAUUAUCGCCCUUCCCCGAUUCUAUGAAACGAAAAAUGGGAAAGAACUUGGGCCAAUGCUUGAAAAGACGGCAGAUUUACUAAAUGAUUUCUAUUCCAAACACAAUAGACAGUUAUCUAUGAGGUUUAACAAUCACUCCAAGUUUUUAUGGUCCACUAAACCGUAAAUAAUUAGUCUUGAAUAAAACAUGCGGGGUUUUUUUCAAAAUAUUAACAAUGAAUCACAUGCUUAUACUUUUCAUGUAUUACCAAGCUUUAUGUAAUCUAAGAGGUGCGAACGGCGACCUUUGUAUCAUGACAUCAGAUACCCCUAUUCAUGGGGGACGUGGAUAGACAAGGGGAAUCACCCGUGUAACUAGAGAAUUACCCCAUUAUUUAAAAUCGAAUUAUUUACAGAUUCCUUUAGUGAUUCGAUUUCUUAAUUUGUAUGUGGCUAACCAACCUAAUACUCGCAGACACCUAUGAAUCAUUAAUAAAGGAAGAAAAUAUAACAAAUAUAGGUUUUGAUUUUU